GUAAUGGGGUUUCUUCAACAUUGCCAACCUAACUCCAUUUACAUUUGCAAACCUACCACACAAAGUCUAUAUAUAAACACUCUCUAAAACCAUUGAAACAAACAAUCACCAAAACCUCAAUUUGCAUACAUAUAUUUUCAUAACUGAUCCAAAAAAAAUAUGGAGAAAAGAGGAGUUUCAGUUUCAUGGGUGAGUUGUUUGGUGGUGUUGGGGGUUUUAGUUGGGCAAUCCACCGCUCAACUCAUGCCGUUUGGGAUCUGCUAUGCCUCUUGCUUUGCUACGUGCACCCUAGGAGGCGGCGGCAGCCCCGCCCCUUGCUCUCUCCAAUGCCUUAAGAACUGCCUCCUUACCAAAUCCACCGUCGGCGGCGGCACUGUCAAAGACACUCUCUCCUUCUGCAAGCUUGGCUGUGCCUCCGCCUUGUGCUCGAAUUUCAGCACCAGUGACAACCCUGCUUCAAACAAAGUUGGAAAUUGUGUGGAUGGUUGCUCAGCGACAUGCGCCAAGAAGAACUUAUGAAUACAAAGAGAUUGUGAAUGUAUAAAAAAAUAUCUGUUGUUUGACUAAAAUAAAUGAUUUCAUGUACUAUUAGACUAGUCCAUAUAUCGGACUAAAUCAUGACCUAAAUCGUCAAAAACUUUAUCACAUGUUUGGUAUAGAUAUAUAAUUUUAUCUUUACACAAA